ACACAAAAAAGGCCAAAUUUGAAGUACUGGAAACAUCCUCUCUCUUAUUAUUUAAACAACUAGUUAUGAACAUUCCCAUCAAAAUAUAAAUUGAACUUACCAACCAACUUUUCACUUCAUAAGAACCAAAGCAACAUUUUAACAAACAUGUCACCUGCACUAUCUCUCUUUCUUCCCCACAGUUCCAUCUGCAAAUCUCAGGACCUUUCUAAGAAUAACCACAUCUCUAAAAUUGCUAAUAGAGAAAACCCUUGUCAAAAAAAUUUAUUAGAUACUAAAUUAAGUAAAAGAAAGCUACUAAAUGGCACUUCUUUAGGUCUCUUAACUGAAGGGUUCUCUUUUAUUGCUCAACCUGCAAAAGCUGAGCCAGAGAGUCCAAUAGCUUCAACUUCAAGUAGAAUGUCAUAUUCAAGAUUCUUGCAAUAUUUAGAUGAAGGUGCUGUUAGGAACGUAGAUUUGUUUGAGAAUGGAACAGUAGCAAUUGCUGAAAUUUUCAAUCCAACACUUGAAAAGAUUCAAAGAGUUAAAAUACAAUUACCAGGGUUGCCACCAGAGUUGUUGAGGAAAUUGAAAGAGAAAAAUGUAGAUUUUGCUGCUUUUCCAGUGCAAGUUAAUUGGGUCCCUGCUUUGCUUGACUUGUUGGGGAACUUUGGCUUUCCUUUGAUUUUGCUUGGUUCUUUGUUGUUAAGGUCAUCAUAUAAUACGCCUGGUCCUGGAGGCCCCAACUUACCAUUUGGACUUGGAAGGAGCAAAGCCAAAUUCCAAAUGGAACCCAAUACAGGAGUGACAUUUGAUGAUGUUGCUGGAGUUGAUGAAGCAAAGCAAGAUUUUCAAGAAAUUGUUGAAUUCCUCAAGACACCAGAGAAAUUUUCUGCAGUGGGAGCAAAAAUUCCUAAAGGGGUUUUAUUAGUAGGACCUCCUGGGACUGGAAAGACAUUACUAGCUAAGGCAAUAGCUGGCGAAGCAGGAGUUCCUUUCUUUUCGCUUUCAGGAUCGGAGUUUAUUGAGAUGUUUGUUGGUGUAGGAGCUUCAAGAGUGAGGGAUUUGUUCAACAAGGCAAAGGCAAACUCACCAUGCUUAGUAUUUAUUGAUGAGAUAGAUGCUGUUGGGAGGCAAAGAGGGACAGGCAUUGGUGGUGGAAACGAUGAGAGAGAACAAACAUUAAACCAGUUGCUUACUGAAAUGGAUGGUUUUAGUGGUAACAGUGGAGUUAUUGUUAUUGCUGCUACAAAUCGCCCUGAAAUUCUUGAUUCUGCUUUGCUUAGGCCAGGAAGAUUUGACAGGCAGGUAAGUGUUGGGCUACCAGAUAUUAGAGGAAGAGAAGAGAUAUUAAAGGUGCAUAGCAAAAACAAGAAGCUUGAUAAUGAUAUUUCUCUGUCUGUCAUUGCCAUGAGGACUCCAGGAUUUAGUGGAGCAGACUUGGCAAACCUAAUGAAUGAAGCUGCGAUUCUUGCUGGUAGAAGAGGCAAAGACAAAAUCACCCUGAAAGAGAUUGAUGAUUCAAUUGAUCGAGUUGUAGCAGGCAUGGAAGGAACCAAGAUGACAGAUGGAAAAAACAAAAUCUUGGUAGCUUAUCAUGAAAUUGGCCAUGCUGUUUGCGCGACAUUGACUCCUGGUCAUGAUCCAGUUCAAAAAGUAACUCUAAUCCCGCGAGGCCAGGCUCGAGGACUAACAUGGUUCAUGCCUGGUGAAGAUCCUGCACUCAUCUCCAAAAAACAACUAUUUGCUAGAAUAGUUGGAGGACUUGGAGGUAGAGCAGCAGAGGAAGUUAUUUUUGGUGAACCAGAAAUAACUACUGGUGCAGCAGGUGAUUUGCAACAAAUCACUCAAAUUGCUAGACAGAUGGUAACAAUGUUUGGCAUGUCGGAAAUCGGACCAUGGGCGUUGACUGAACCAGCAGCUCAAAGUAGUGAUGUUGUACUAAGAAUGUUGGCUAGAAAUUCUCUGUCUGAAAAACUUGCUGAGGAUAUUGACUCGUCGGUUCGAGACAUAAUUGAAAGAGCAUAUGAGAUUGCAAAGGAACAUGUAAGGAAUAACCGAGAGGCCAUUGAUAAAUUAGUGGAGGUGCUACUGGAAAAGGAGACUCUUACUGGAGAUGAGUUCAGGGCAAUUCUUUCAGAAUUUACUGAUGUUUCUGAAAACAAAGUACAUAGAACCCAAUGCCUGUGUCUCCUAAAGCUGUGCUCCUCAAUCAAACAACUCUCUCAAGUUCACGCCCAGAUACAAUUAUCUGGUCUGCAACAUGAUACCUUUCUCAUAUCUGAACUAAUUCGAUUCUGUUCCUUAUCUCAAUCACGGAACUUGAGUUAUGCCCAGUCUCUCCUCGAUCACUCAAUUAACUCUGUACCUUUGCCUCCACCUUCUUGGAAUAUACUCAUUAGAGGCUAUGCUGACUGCAAUACACCAAAAGAGGCCAUAUGGGUUUUUCGUAGAAUGCGAAGAGAAGAAAUUAGACCCAAUUACCUGACUUAUCCUUUUCUGCUCAAAGCUUGUGCUACUUGUUUUGCUAUCAAAGAAGGAAAGCAAGUGCACGUUGAUGUUGUGAAGAAUGGUUUGGAUUGUGAUGUGUAUGUCAACAAUAAUUUGGUCCAUUUUUAUGGUUCCUGCAAGAAAAUUCGGGAUGCGCGGAAGGUGUUUGAUGAAAUGUGUGAAAGAACUUUGGUUUCAUGGAAUGCGGUUAUUACUAGUUGUGUCCAGAAUUUGCUGUUCGAAGAUGCAGUUGAUUAUUUUGUAAAAAUGAGGGAUUUUGGGUUUGAGCCUGAUGAGACUACCAUGGUGCUCAUGCUUGCAAUCUGCGCUGAAAUGGGGAAUUUGGGUUUGGGUAGAUGGAUUCAUUCUCAAGUGAUUGAAAGAGGGUUGUUAUUGAAUUGUCAAUUGGGUACUGCCCUUGUUGAUAUGUAUGCAAAAAGUGGAGCUGUGGGUUAUGCUAAGCUAGUUUUUGAUAGUUUGAAGAAGAAAAAUGUGUGGACAUGGAGUGCAAUGAUUUUAGGGCUAGCUCAGAAUGGAUUUGCUGAAGAGGGCCUUGGACUUUUCCUUGAAAUGAUAAACAGCUCUUAUAUACGCCCAAAUUAUGUCACAUUUCUUGGUGUGCUUUGUGCUUGUAGUCAUGCUGGUUUGGUAAAUGAUGGAUUUCGCUACUUUCAUGAAAUGGAGCAUAAAUAUGGAAUCAAACCAAUGAUGGUGCACUAUGGUGCCCUAGUUGAUAUCUUAGGCCGUGCAGGCCGUCUCGAAGAAGCUUAUGACUUUAUAAUGCGUAUGCCUUUCCAACCUGAUCCAGUUAUCUGGAGGACAUUGCUUAGUGCAUGCAGUAUUCACCAUGUUUAUGAUAGUGAUGGGGUAGGAAAUAAGGUGAGAAAGAAGUUGCUUGAAUUAGAGCCGAGGAGAACUGGGAAUUUUGUGAUCGUGGCAAAUAUGUAUGCUGAUGCAGGGAUGUGGGAGAAAGCAGCAAGUAUUAGGAGGGUAAUGAGAGAUGGUGGUUUGAAGAAGAAAGGUGGAGAGAGUUGUGUUGAAUUAGCUGGCUCAGUCCAUCGGUUCUUCUCUGGGUAUAACUGCCAGGAGGACAGGGAAGGUAUCUACCAGUUGCUAGAUGGACUGAACUUGCAUAUCCAAAUGCUGAACUUGUAUUAAUCUUAAUCGAUCGCCAUCUGUUGGUCUAAUGUAGUGUGUGGAAAUUGGAGGAAUUUUUCCAAUGUGCUCUGCGAUAUUCUUUGUUUGGAAGGCAAAAUCCAUAUGAAUUUUUUUUUGAAAAAAAUCAGUUCAUAGAAGGAAAAUUACCCUUUACAUCAAUGUCAAUCCAUAUAAAUAUUGUGUUUUUA